CUGAUCGAGUUGUUGUAGUUGAAAAUGAGAUUAAGAAGACAUCAAAGUCGAUCGAUUUCACCAAAAUGUUUGAUUUUCUCUUGUUUAAUCUUCACCCUUUUAGGAUUUUUGCUACUUACCUUCAUCUCCGGCGGCGAUCCCGUCAUUCCGCCGCCACCGGAGCUGAAAAAUGCGACGGUAAGGAGGUCUGCGACCACCUGCGCGACGGUGGAGGAUAUGGGAAACGAAGCUGUUGAUCCUUUUGGCGGUGGCGAUUCAUGGAAAGAGAGCCUCAGAGUUCGCAGAUUGAUUAGAAAUCAUUUCGAGUUGCAGGGAGCUUCUAGAGUUCGUGGGCUAUCUUCCGACGAAUUCUGCAAGCAAGGUUUCGUAAUGGGCAAAGCUUCGGAGGCCGGAUUUGGGAACGAAAUGUACAAGAUCGUUACAGCAACGGCCCUUAGCGUCAUGCUAAAUCGUUCGCUAAUUAUCGGGCAAACCAGGGGCAAGUAUCCAUUCGGAGACUAUAUAGCAUAUGCCAAUUUCUCGUUCACUUUAAAAGAAGUGAAGCAUCUAUGGAGAAAGAACGAUUGUAUCGGAAAGUACGGGCGGCAUCUCGUUAUGAGGGUCGAUGAUUUCGAGAAACCUUUGGAAACAAACGUUCUUUGUGGUAACUGGAGGAAAUGGAAGCAUCCGAUCAUAUGGUUUAAAGGUACAACGGACGCUGUCGCUGCUCAAUUUUUUCUAAAAAACGUACACGUUCAGAUGAGGAAAUCGGCUUCUGGUUUAUUUGGCAAUCCCGAGUUUCUUCGCUCUAGACCGAAUGUAAUCGGCGAGAUACUAAGAGUAACGAUAUCACCUUCGCCAGAUGUUGAACGAGCCGUUAAUUGGGCGAUUAAUGGAGGUCCCGAUCCUCAUCUUGCCGUGCAUAUGCGCAUGCUCAUGAGCAGGUCCCUUAGAGCCGUGACCGCAGCUUUGAAUUGCAUCAAGACCACAAUUUCAAGAAUCCCGCUCGAUAUAGCGAGACCUCGUGUGGUAUUGAUCUCCGACACGCCGUCCCUCAUUAAAGACGUUAUGCCAAAACUCGAGGGGUUUGCCGAGGUUCUUCAUUUUGAAUACAAGAAGUUCACCGGGAACAUCUCGGGUGCCGGCAUGGUUCCAGGCGUAGGAUUUCGAGCGAAAGAUUGGGGACCUGCACCCCGAUGGGUUGCUUUCGUGGACUUCUUUUUAGCUGCUCGAGCUACACACGCUGUGAUUACGGGUGCCCAAAGACGUGUCGGCACCACCUACGCACAGCUUGUUGCAGCACUAGCUGCAGCUUAUCAACUCGACGAACACCGUUCCGGCCCAGCGAACUUUUCGUUCAUCAGUAGCUUCCAGAACAAUCUUCUGCAUCGAGGGUUGCAGAAUCAAGUCGGAUGGGGUCAUGUUUGGAACCGAUUUGCCGGCCGGUUAAGUUGCCAUAGCCAGCCGAACCAGUGUGCGCUCACCCCGGUUCUUCCGCCUGGUUGGUGGGACGGGCUGUGGCAGUCACCAAUACCACGAGAUAUUCGAAGAAUGGAAGCGUACGGGGUGAAACUAACGGGAUUUGGGACUAUUGACGAAAACCAUCUUCGGGAUUAUUGUAAGGCUAGAAAAUCUGCCGUAAGAACUCUUCCGAUCACUCGUAAAUGCAUCGGACUGAAAUGCGCUUAACGAACCCGAUAUCGGGUUCGUUAGGUUGUAAGUUUAGGCUUCUUUAGAAACAUCGUUAUAUUCGUUUGGUAAUUGUUUACACAACUGAAAUCCGUAUUCGAUUUUACUACCGGUGGACUUGUUAUGAAAUGUAUUUUUUGGGCACAACAAGGAC